AUGGCAGGUUAUAAAAAGGUAAAUUUAACAAAGCAAGCCUUUAUUGAUGAAAGUAUUUCCAGAUUUCAAUUUGGAGAAUAUUCUCCACCAACUGGUACGAAUAUAAAUGAUAUAGUUCCAAUAAAAAUUAAUAUCGAGAUGGCAGAUUCAUUUUUUCUACCAUUUAAAGCUUAUUUACAAGUUAAAGGAAGACUUCUAGCAGCAAGUGGUACAUCCUAUGCUAAUACAGAUGUAGUUACACUUACACACAAUGGAAUUAUGCAUUUAUUUAAUAGAAUGGCAUAUGAUUUAUCAGGACAGAACAUAGAAACAGUAAAUAGUUUAGGGCAAGCAACUACAAUGUUAGGAGUGCUUAGGUAUUCAAACGACUUUCAAUUAACAGAAGGAUUAAAUCAACUAUGGUACAAAGAUACUGUAACAGAUGCAAAUUUGACUACUAAUGUUGGAUUUACAGUAGGACAAACAUAUAUUAUUCAGAAACCUACUACAAAAGUUACAUUUUCAUUUAUUAUACCUUUUAAGCAUAUUUUCGAAUUCUGUGAUGAUUAUACUACAGUACUUUACGGGUUCAAGCAUACAUUAACUUUACAAAGAAAAAAUUACAAUGAUGCUUUUUUUCGAUCUGCUGCAGCAGCUAUAGGAAAAAUAAAUCCUACAAAAGUAUAA